AUGGCUUCACCAACCUCCCACCCCCAAGCAGACACCCUCAUCCGCGCCGGCACAAUCGAAACACUCCAACCCGGCAUGCCACCACAGCGCUCCAUAGCCCUCCUCUCCGGACGCAUCAUCGCACUCUCCGAGAAUUCAUCCGGCUUAGACGACUUCAUCGGCAGCGAAACCCAAAUCAUCGACGUACCAGACUCCACCGUCCUCCCCGCAUUCACAGAUACGCAUACACACUUGAUUCUCGCUGGAUUGACCUACUUCGACGUCCCAGUGCACGACGUCAAGAGCCUAGACGAACUGUUCGCAAGAUUGAAGAAGCGGGCAAGUGAGACGAAAGAGGGGGAGUGGAUUUGUACGGCGACGGAUUGGUUGGAGUAUAAUAUCAAGGAGCAGAGACUGCCUACGUUGAAGGAACUCGAUGCAGUAUCCACUAAACAUCCCAUCAUGGUGAUGCGCGGUGGGCAUAACGUCGUUGUCAACUCCUUCGUCACAAACCUGUUGAACAUAACAUCCGACACCCGAUCACCACCCGGCGGCCUCAUCGGAAAAGAAGCAGACGGCAGUCUCUCCGGCCUACUCCAAGAUUCAGCCACAGUGCCCGCGUUGAAGCUGAAGCCCUCAGUGACCCUCACAGAACGAGUCUCCGGUCUAGAAGCCGCAUCCGCCGCAUACGCCGCAACAGGCACAUCCAGCGUCCGCGACUGCUACGUCCCCCUCCCGGACCUAGACGCCCUCAUCGCCACGCACUCCGCCGGAAAACUUGCCGUGCGAGUCCACGCCCUGAUACCCGCCGUAGGCAUGACCACCGCCUCACAAGUCGAAUCCCUCCUCUCCAAAAUGGAAUCAUACCGCCACCUCGAAACCGCCCCCUACCUCUCCGUCUGGGGCGUCAAAUUCAUGGUCGACGGCGGCAUGGAAGCAGGCGCCGUAUCCUCUCCCUACGUGUCCACCCCGCCCGGCCGCGAAAAAGACGCAGAUUGUAAUUGCUGCGGCCUACCCUCCUACCACGGUAUGCUCACGUGGGAGAAACCCGCUCUGGUGGAAGCCAUGACCGCAGUCGUACGUCGAGGCUGGAAGAUAGGGACGCAUGCUUAUGGCGACCGUGCUGUGGGGUUGGUACUGGAUGUAUACGAGGAACUCAUGCAUCGGUUUCCGUACUUACAGCCUGGGACUCUGGUUAUGGAACACGGAGGCCUAGUGUCCCCCAGCGAACAGAUCCGAGCCGUGGAACUCGGGAUUGCGACGACGAUCCAACACCCGCUUCUGCAUAACGCAGCGGGGGUCCAGGAGGUAUACUGGGGCACGGAGCGCGUAUCUCGCACUUUCCCCGCACGGACAUGGCUGGAUGCUGGUGCGCUGAUAGCGGGCGGGAGCGAUUAUCCUGUUGGUAAGUUUGCGGCUAUGCGGUCGGUUUGGGGGAUGGCGUCAAGAGAGACGGUGAUUGGGGUGAGGGGGGUUGAGCAUGCGAUUAGUGUGGAGGAAGCGGUUGCGUUGCAUACGACGAAGGCGGCGGAACUGCUGAGGGAGGAGGGGGAGAGGGGACGGCUGUUACCGGGGUUUGUGGCGGAUUUGGCGGUUUGGGGGGUUAAUCCGCUGAAGGUAAGUGAUGUGGACGAACUGAAGGACAUGAUGCCGAGCCAUAUCUCCGUUGGGGAUAGGUUCGUGGCGGUCUAG